CCCCCCCCCCCCCCCCCCGCUCGAGUGACUUGGCUGGCUCCGAUAACGAGAUCGUGGUCCAGCUCGUAUCAGCUUUAUUGAAACACACACAUCAAUUGCUGUCUCGAUUCGCUCCUAAACCCGUCGAUCAUCCUCCGCCGCCAAUCACCUUCCAUCCUGCCCGGUAACUCCACGGCGUCGACCAAAACAGACUCGUCUGUCAGUCACUGCAACGCCCGAUUCAUUGCCCCGGCCGGUCCCUGUCGGUCGCUCGCUCCUAUUUUUACAUCUUCCACCCUUUCCCCUUCUUCCACCUCCAACGAGUUCUACUCAAUUGGUGCUUGCGAUCACCACCACUCGUCGACAUGGCCGCUCUUACCAUGACCCCGACCGCCGUUCGCCAGCCGUUCGCCAGCCUGGAUGCACCUCGCAUGCGUUCCUUGCUCCGGUCCAAGCUGAAUCUGAAAAACAAACAAGAUGGUGCCAUCUUGUCCAAGAAGACCCAGCCAACAGUGGAUGUUGACUCGGAGAAUAUCGACCCAGUCACUCUUAAGCUCUCGACCAAGCGGAAGCGGACUAUGGACGACGACGACUCCGAACCAGCGAUCAAGAUUUCUUCAAAGCCGUCCAAGACCUCUCGCGUGGUUCUGACCACACUCGAACCAAGCAGUGCUCCUCGUAUGCCUGCAACGCCGACCAAGCCGAUUCUGUCUACUCCCAAGUCAGCACCUAUUCUCAAGCCUGCUGGACGCUCGCCUCAACCAAAGUCAUGCAAAUCUUCUUCUCGACGUUCCACCAUCGCUAAGAGCCGACUUGAAUCGACCGGUCGGAAAUCCGUUCACCGCCCCUUCUCCCUCGCGGCUGCCUUGUCAGGUCCAAAGCCCAAGCGCCAGUCCAUUCCCAAAGCACCGGCUUCCUGGGCGUUCGAUAUCUAUGUUGAUAACGAACAAGAAGAAAUGACGAACUUGAUGCAACACUCUACUUGCGUCCUGGACAUCAAUGACCAGGAGGGCAAAGCAGAGACCUCGGGUCGUGGCAAGGAGAAUGUCCCUCCCGUGGAACUAGGAUUGGAUCUGCCACGCUCUCGCGAGCAGGAGUCUCCUGCCGCCGCAGCUCGCAAAUCGGUCAUGAUGGAGGAGUCCCGAGAGCCUCUUGGGGACCUGAAUGCCGCUGACUUUUACGGCGAUGAUUGCCAUGCGUUCUCCUAUGUCGUCAUUUAUGAUGAGGAGGAGAUAGACGGCGCUGAGAAAAAGGCGCCACUCCACCCUUCCUCGCGCACCAGCCCUUGUUCCAUCCCCAGCAAGCUUUCGAGUGUUUCUACCAUCUCCUCCCUUCUCGAGGCCUCCCUUCCAGCUGAGGCUACCACUGACGCCAAGCCGGAGCCAACGGAGGCUGAAAUUGAGAUCUGGGAAAGCGCAAGUGCUGCGGAAGAAGCAGCUGAGGCAGAUGAAGCAGCUGCGGAGUCAUUCAUUAGCGCUUGAUGCGCGCUUUGCAUCGCAAAAGGUGUUCUACUGGUUGUUAUUCGGUUGUUUGUUGUUUUGGCGUCUGGAAAGCUCGAGAGUGCAUUAUAUGGAUACCCUACUGGCUACUGUCAUUCUGAUUUCUUUUUCUAUGUUGAUCUUUUCCUAUUCGACCUACAUCACCACGACUCAGCGACCCUUCCCUUGUGCCCCUUCGCGCUCACAGGCCCACCUUCUCUCGUCUACCUUGACCAUACUACCUACACCGCGCGACUUAUAUUUAUCCGAGGCUGGACAACUCAUAUUACUAACUCUUUCCCUCGCUCAUAACUCGAUGAACGCCUGUGUCUGCAUGUAUCAGCUAAUGGCCAGAGAAUGCGUCAUGCCGUCUAAUGUCUUAUACGAAAUACCUACCAUUAUCAUCUACUUAAACUUAGAUUAAAUUUAGCUAGCUACAAUAAAUGAAACUUGAUACAAUCCGAA